AUGGAAAUUGACGGACUCGUGCUCCGAAAUAAAUAUAUUGAGAAAGAUAUAAAAGACACUGAAGAUGAAAUAGUUAACAUAAAUGAAGAAUUAGAUGUGCUUGGUGAAAGGCUAAUUGUAUUAAAUAUGGCAAUAUCUGAAAUUCAAGGCAGUGUCCAAAACCGAGAUAAAGAUAUUAAAAACCAGGAGAAACAUGUUAAUGCAAUUAAAGAUCAAAUCUUUGUUAAUUUUUGUAAAGAUAUUAACGUGCCGAAUAUUAGCUAUUAUGAGAAGAAUAAUUUGCGAAUUUUUAAAGAACAAGAACAGAGGCAAGAGGAGCUGAAGCAGCAGUAUGAUCGUAUCGAGAAUCAAUUGUGCUUUGAAAACGAGACUGAUAUAGAAAGUAAAAUGUUGACAUGGAAACACGCUGAGGAACAAGCUGAUGCAGAACUUGAUAAGGUUUAUUGGCAAAAACGUCAUGUAAAGAUUACGAUUGAGCAAGACGAAGAAGAAAUGUCGAAGUUAAAAACUAGUUACACAAAACUGGAAAAGAAUCUAGAGAAUGUGGAAAUAAAAUUGGCACAGCACAGAUCGCAAAUUGACGUUAUCGGAACAUUGUAUCUGGAAAGUCAGAAAGCACACAUUGCUGUACAAAGAAAAAUAGAACAGAAAAAAAUAGAAUGCAACACUGUGCUUAAAGAAUGCAAGAUGGAAGACUUUAUCAUUCCAAUGUCGGAGAUAUCACAUCGUAGGCCAGCAGAAAGCUCUACAAGUAGCUCAAACAUGGAGUCAUCAGAAAGUUGUGAAGUGUUCACAAAAAUUGAUUUCUCGCAAUUUCCUAGGAACAUCUGUAAUUGUACAGAAGAAGAUUUACAAGAUACAGCUAAACAACUUAAUGAAAAUCUUACAAAGAUUGAAAAUGAAUUUGAAAAUAUACUAAAACCCAAUCUUAAAGUUGAUGAGAAAAUCGAUACGAUAGCGCAACAAAUACAGGAGAUAAAUACAAAUCUUCGAGACUGCCGUAAAAACUGUGAGAUAAUAAAAACGCAAUUUGAGUUGAUAAAAGCAAAGAGAUACAAACUAUUUAAAGACUGUCUGGAUCGUAUUGCUGCGGAAAUAGAUUCUAUAUAUAAAAAUCUAGUUAAUGACACUUCGGCUCAAGCAAUUAUCUUACCAGACAAUCCAGAGGAACCGUAUGCAGGCAAUAUAAUGUACAACUGCAUAGCACCGUCUAAAGGUUUUCUGCCAUUACAAAAUCUAUCUGGUGGAGAAAAGUCACUCGCUAGUUUAGCAUUGCUAUUUGCAAUACAGCGUUAUAAGCAAAUACCGUUUCUUAUUAUGGACGAAGGUGAUGCGGCAUUAGAUAACGCGAAUAUUAAAUAUGUUAUUCGCUUUAUUCAAUCCCAAAUAAACACAAUGCAAUUUAUCACAAUAUCCUUAAACCAAAAGUUUUAUUCUGGCGCUGAUGCGCUUGUGGGGGUUACCGUUAAACAUGGCACGGAAAUCCUUCGCAGCAAAGUAAUUACUAUUUCGUUAAAUAAAUAUAGUACAUAAAAGUAAAUAAUUCAGUAUGUUGCAAACAAUGUUAAAUUAUU